AAUUCAGAUACUGAUGAAAGUGAGUUAGGAUCAAGUACGAUAUUUGCAACAAGAUUAAACAACCAAUUUAUAAGUCGCAUCUUUUAUGCCCCAUUGGGAGCUCACCAAUAUUGCGGAAAAAGCGGUCACGAAUACGAUUAUUACGCGUUCAGUCGCGAGGCAAAAAUCGAUUUCGAAAGUGUUUCAGGAACCCACGGAAAAGGAUUUAAACUAGAAUAUCAAAUCGCUAAUUGUUAUCGUAAUUUAACUGGUCAACAAGGAAAAGUGAAGACGAAAGUCGAAGGAACCGGUUGUACAAUAUUAAUAACAGCCCCUAUCGGAACCACCGUUUCUGUUUACUUUUAUAAUUAUUAUCUCGAAGCUAGCAAGACUUGCGAAGAUGAUAAGAUAGAAAUGUACGAUGGGCCAACUACAACAUCCACGAAAUUAGCCACUCAUUUCUCGGGAUAUCCGAAUCCGGUAUUUUCAACUCAAAACGUUGUUUUAAUACAAAUUACGAAACGGCCGAAUGCGACGGCUAAUAUGUUGGACUUCACUUAUACGAGUACCGAUAAAGGACGAGGUUGUGGGGGGGAAAUUUAUAGUUAUCAUGGGAUUAUUACCAGCCCUUUGUACCCGCAAAAUUUUCCGAAUAUAUCGGAUUGUGUUUGGGAAAUAAAUGUUCCGUAUGGAUUGGAUGUGGAAAUCCGUUUUAUACAAUUCUCAAUACCAAAUAGAUGCGACACCGAUUACGUAACAAUAACGACUUAUUCAAACAAAAUAUCAAAUGAACAUCGAUAUUGUGGAAACGAUGUUCUCCCGAAAUUGAGGUCGUCUAAAAAGGUACUUGUUAGAUACGUGACGAGUUUUCAUAAUGGGGCUGUUGGCUGGGUGGCUAACUUUGCAGCAAAGUUCAAUUAACGUACUUAAAGAAUACAUACACUCAAGAAUUAAUUAUUAA